CGCGCUUUGUUUUUGUCGUAGCGUUUGCAAAAUUAAUUUUGUUGUUUACAAAUUUUCUUUGUUUUUUAAUUCUUAAAUUUAAAGAAGAUGAAGGAGUGUCCAUACGGCGAGAAGUGCUACAGAAAGAACCCAAUCCAUUUUGGGGAGUUUUCGCACGCGCAUUUGGAUGCGAUUUAUAAAAGUGGUAAUGGAGCUGGGGACUAUGACAUCCCCGCAAAAUACUCAAACGAGCUUAUACACACCCAGUUAAAGCUUUUGGAGAAGCUGUUUCCUAAGGAGGGAGCCAAAAGGGAGAAGGAACCGAAUCGUUCAGAACCAAAGCCGCCGGCAACGGCUGCUUCCUCCAGCUCCGGAUCCUUCAGUGGCGCCUCUUCCAGUUCUUCCGCCUCGUCAACUGCGACAACUACAAGUUCAUUUGGUGCCUCAUCCCAAGACAGCUCUCGUUUGGCCAAAAAACAAAAGCUAGCCAAAAACAUUAAGGACUACAUACCCGUUGUGAUAGAAAAAGGGGGAAUGGCCAAAAAACUGGAGCAGGCUGCUCCUUAUAACAUGUUCCUUACCGCCAUUACUGACUCGAAGCCCACUCACUCCGAACCUUUGAGUGUAACGCUGCAGGAAAUCCUUGAUGAGAGUCUAGGCGAGAUCGAGAGCAGUGUUCAGAUUAACUUUAUGGUGGACAUUGGCUGGCUUCUGGGUCAUUAUUACUUUGCGGGGAUUCUUGAUAAGCCCCUUCUAGUGCUGUACGGCGACGAAUCCCCGGAGCUUCUGAGCAUCGGCAAGUUCAAGCCGCAGGUUACGGCCAUAGGUGUCAAAAUGCCGACCCCCUUUGCCACCUCCCACACAAAAAUGAUGCUGCUGGCCUAUAGCGAUGGUUCCAUGCGGGUGGUAAUUUCUACAGCGAACCUGUACGAGGACGAUUGGCACAACCGCACGCAGGGUGUGUGGAUCAGCCCGAAACUGACCGCGUUACCUGAGGACGCGGAUACAGGGGCGGGCGAGAGUCAGACAGGCUUCAAGCAGGACCUGAUGCUCUACCUGGUGGAGUACAAAAUAAGCCAACUUCAGCCCUGGAUUGCGCGAAUUAGAAAGAGUGACUUCAGUGCCAUCAAUGUCUUCUUUGUGGGAUCCGUACCUGGGGGUCAUCGUGAAAGCACCGUACGAGGCCAUCCUUGGGGUCACGCCCGCCUGGGAGCCCUUCUGGCAAAGCACGCUGCUCCCAUCAACGAUCGCAUACCCGUCGUUUGCCAAAGUUCCAGCAUCGGGAGCCUGGGAGCCAACGUUCAGGCCUGGAUCCAGCAGGACUUCGUUAACAGCCUCAAAAAGGACUCCACGCCUUUGGGAGUACUGCGGCAGAUGCCGGCCUUCAAGAUGAUCUAUCCCAGUUUUGGAAACGUUUCGGGGAGUCACGACGGAAUGCUGGGCGGCGGCUGUCUGCCUUAUGGGAAAAACACUAAUGACAAGCAGCCGUGGCUGAAAGACUACCUGCAUCAGUGGAAGUCCAACGAUCGCUAUCGCUCACGAGCGAUGCCGCAUAUAAAAACCUAUACCCGCUACAACCUGGAGGAUCAGUCCGUGUACUGGUUUGUGUUGACCUCGGCCAACCUCUCGAAGGCAGCCUGGGGCUGCUUCAAUAAAAGCUCGAACAUUCAGCCCUGCCUGCGAAUCGCCAACUACGAGGCUGGUGUCCUCUUCCUGCCCAGAUUUGUGACGGGAGAGGAUACUUUUCCUUUGGGGAAUAAUAGAGAUGGCGUGCCAGCCUUUCCGCUGCCCUACGAUGUCCCUUUGACCCCAUACGCUCCCGAUGAUAAACCUUUUCUAAUGGAUUACCUUCAGGGUUGAGGUUCUUUAAAUUUUGUUAGCCACAUCAGCUUACAUUUUGUGUGUUUGUUAGAUUAAGUUAAAGUAUUUAUUUAUUUUUUCCAUUAUUAUGCUUACAAUUUUUUUGUUUAUAAAUCUGAUGCAUCGAAAUUCCAAAGCGGGCCUGAAAUGGUUUGGCAAAAAAGAUAAUCUCGUUAAGAUCGGGAAGUACAUCUUUGUUGAUUCUUAAUGUCCUUCAAGCAGAAAAGCUCAAUUUAAUGAUUGGCAUUUUGAGAAAAUUUUGUUCCCAAUUCUGGGCACCCUUGAAAGGACUUUA